CAAUCACCCUCUAGCCCUCUAGCCCUCUGCGUGUUGUACAUCGAGGCCAGUAUCUUUUGUUGCUUUUAGUACUGCUACUACGUCUCUAGGCUCCUACACAUAUCGAAACAAGAUUGCUUAGGCUUCCGCGACCCCACCAUGUCUGCAGUUCCCAAUACUCCCCGCCGGGCUAACGCGCAAGAAUCCUUUACUCCUGCGGCCACGCCCCAAACCUCGCGUGUGGCGUCCUCACAUAUUGUGCAAUCCUCACCUCACUAUCAAACAACCCGCAGACAUUCGCUCUAUGGAACGGAGGAUAGGAUAAUCCUCGAUCCCGGCUCAUGUAUCUGGAAAGUAGGCUUCAGCGGAGAAGGCAAGCCGAGAGACGUGUUUUAUGCUGGAGGAGAUAGCGGAGAGUCGUUGUGGACAUUGAAUCGAGCGUCCAAGCCUGCUGAGAGGGAAGAAGAGGACCGUAUACUCGAGGCAAAGCUCCAGGCGUGUCUGCGUUCCGUGUUCCAUAAUUCUCUUUUGACCGACCCAAAGUCACGGAAGGUCAUUCUGGUCGAACAUCCACUACUUCCUCUACACAUAAAGGAAAUUAUGGCACGGAUAUUGUUCAAUAAUCUUCAAGUGCCUUCGAUAUCCUUCGCAUCAAGUCAUCUACUUGCGCUCCUCGCCGCGGGCCGCGUUACAGGUCUUGUCCUUGACUGCGGCCAUCUCGAGUCCACAGUUCUCCCAAUAUUCUCCUUCCGUCCCCUAUACCCCCACCUCCGCACGACCCCCCUCGCAGGCGCACGCCUAUCCAACCACAUCAAAGCCCUCCUGCUCAUGUUCGGCACCUACAUCCCCCCCGCGACCUCCCUCAGCGCGACGAUGAACAUCCCCGCCGCCUCGCGCUCAAUACGCGUCCCCCAAGACGUCCUCACCGAGAAGGUCAUCGACGAGAUCAAGACCCGCAUCUGCUUCGUCGGGGACCCCAUCGAUACCGACGGCUCCGGCGCCGCCCAACACGCGAUGUCCCCCGGGCCCUCCGAAGCGGACCUGCCCCCGAGCGACCCCGCGCUGUCCGAGUCCGAGUUCUCGCGCGUGUCCGCGGACGUGUCCAUCGACAGCAGCAACUUCGCGCCGUCGUCCGGAUACUCGGUCGUCUCGCACUCGCAGCUCCCAGGAAUGGACCACGCCCCGGGUGAGAGCCGCGUGCAGGCGUUGGCGACGAUGUAUGGGAGACACUCGACCGCGACGGAUAUACAUUUGCGCGUAGACCCGCCCCCCGCGCAGCAGACGGGUACGGGGCGGGGGACGUUGAUCGUGCCCGGGUGGAUAAGGGAGCGCGCGGCGGAGGUGUUGUUUGAGGGUGGGGACGUGGAUGAGAGUAGCGUUGCCGAGGUUAUUCUGGAUACCCUUCUGAAGGUGCCGGUCGACCUCCGGAAGACACUUGCCUCUACCAUUCUCGUAGUUGGGGGCACGCCCAUGCUCCCCGGAUUCAUCCCGCGCCUUCAGGCCGAGCUCACGCGCGCCGUCUCACGCACUUCCAACUCCUCGUCGUCGUCCGCCGCGCCUUCGCGCGCAGGCAGGCCGCGGCCACGCCCAGCAGCGUAUGAUAAGUACGCAGCGUUGCGUCCGCUAUUGCCCUAUUUUGCCAUCCUGAACAACCCGGCUCCACCCCCGCCCGGAAAUGCGACCGCCGCGGCAAACGCGGGGAAGGCACCUGCUUUCACGCCGUCGAUGAUGGCGUGGGUCGGGGGGUCUCUUGCCGGUGCACUGAAGACCGGGGGCAUUGAGGUCCAGCGAGAAAAGUGGGACGAGGCGGAGGCGCAGCCAGACUCCGACGACGACGUGCCGAUGGCCCACGACUCCUCGCCCGCACGCUCCGCGCGGUCGUCCCCCGCGAAGAGCAUCCUUCCGGACUGGACGCGGACGCCUCUGCCCACUGGUGCGCCGCCCGCUCCGCGACCGCCCGCGGCGGCUGCGUACAUACCGUCUGCACAGGAGCAGAUGGUCAUGGGCUAGUGGGCGUUUCGUUUUCGGCGGCCGAGGGUGGGGGUGGUUGAUGAUAAGGCUGCCUCUUCUGCAUCCUUGUGGCAUGUGACGACGUAGACAUGGCUUCUGAUUUCUGUCUGUGUUCUUGUGCUACCCUACAACAGGCAUUCUAUAACUAUAUACGC